CUUCAAGCCAUUACAUCCAUACUACUACAUGCUUAAUCGACAAUAUGACCAACCAGUACUAAGCUGUGAUUGAUGCAAAUAGUGACUACAUCAAAUGUUAGUUUUUUCUUUUUGUUAAAUGAACAGCCUAAGCUUUUAUUCUACACGGUAUAUAGUGUUAAUCUAUAUUAUGCUUUGGGAAACUUAUUCAAGGAUAGAAAGCAUGCAGUUUCUAUUUCGAAAAUAUCCAAUAUUUUUUCUAUUCUCGCGUAUAAGCCACUUGAUUUUUUUUUCUGUGCAUGUGUACACAAGUUGAAC